UCUCUGCUCUCUCUCUCUCUCUCCCUCUCUCUCUGCUCUCUCUCUCUCUCUCACUCUGCUCUCUCUCACACACUCACACACCCACAGCCCUCCUCAUGCAGUCUCCCAAAUGCAGAAAAGAGCUUUUGGGAGAGUGUGUGUGCGCUGCUGCUGCAGCUGAUGAAAGAAAUCCACCUGUGUUUUCAUGCGUGAGUCUGCGUGAGCCCUCAGAGGAUGCGGGCUAAUAGUGUUAGCAGCGUAAUUGAUCCUCUGUAAUUGGCACUCCUGGAUAUCUGUACAUGCAGCCACGUCUCCCAGAGCAGCUCCCUGGAGGAGGUUCGUCUAGACGGGGACAAGUUUGUGCCACCAACACCCCGGAAUGUGGAGAUGAGACGGGACCCGGUGCUUGGCUUUGGAUUCGUGGCAGGCAGUGAGAAACCUGUUGUGGUUCGCUCAGUCACACCAGGGGGUCCAUCAGAAGGGAAGCUGAUCCCGGGGGACGAGAUCAUCAUGAUUAAUGAUGAGCCAGUCAGCUCAGCUCCCAGGGAGAGGGUCAUCGACCUUGUCAGGAGCUGCAAAGAGUCCAUAUUGUUGACUGUUGUUCAGCCAUACCCAUCUCCAAAAUCAGCAUUCAUAAGCGCAGCCAAAAAGGCCAAGUUAAAGACGAAUCCUGUUAAAGUACGCUUUGCUGAGGAGGUCAUCAUCAAUGGCCAGGUUCCCGAAACGGUGAAGGACAACUCGCUUCUUUUUAUGCCAAAUGUGCUGAAGGUGUACCUGGAGAACGGGCAAACUAAAUCAUUUAAAUUUGACAGCAACACAUCCAUUAAGGAUGUCAUCUUGACCCUGCAAGAAAAGCUAUCCAUUAAAAGCAUCGAGCACUUCUCCCUGAUGCUGGAACAAAGAGCGGAGGGAUCUGCCAGCAAACUCAUGCUCCUACAUGAGCAGGAGAUGCUAACUCAGGUGACACAGAGGCCGGGGUCACACAAGAUGAAGUGCUUCUUUCGCAUCACUUUUGUCCCAAAGGACCCCGUGGAGCUGCUCAGGAGGGAUGCAGUGGCUUUUGAGUACCUUUAUGUCCAGAGCUGUAAUGAUGUGGUACUGGAGCGAUUUGGGUCAGAGCUGAAAUACGACACGGCUCUCCAUCUGGCCGCCCUGCAAAUGUAUAUUCUAACCAUCAAUACCAAGCAGUCCCAGAAAGUUUCCCUCAAGUAUAUUGAGAAGGAGUGGGGUCUGGCCUUGUUCCUGCCUCCUGCCGUGUUGUCCAGCAUGAAAGAGAAGAACAUCAAAAAAGCCCUCACUCACAUCCUCAAAACCAACCAGAACCUGGUGCCGCCCGGUAAAAAGCUGACUGCCCUGCAAGCAAAGGUCCAUUAUCUGAAGUAUCUCAGUGAUCUGAGGCUGUAUGGAGGACGGGUGUUUAAAUCAAUACUUGUUCAAGGCGAGAAGCACACAGAGGUGACGUUGCUGGUCGGGCCCAAAUAUGGCAUCAGCCAUGUGAUUAAUACCAAAACAAAUCUGGUGGCACUUCUGGCUGAUUUCAGUCAUGUGAACCGGAUUGAAAUGUACACAGAAGAUGAGAACAGGGUCAGAGUGGAACUACAUGUUCUGGACGUAAAGCCCAUCACUCUCUUAAUGGAGUCCGUUGAUGCGAUGAAUCUGGCCUGUUUGACUGCCGGCUACUACAGAUUACUGGUGGACUCUCGGCGUUCCAUCUUCAAUGUGGCCAAAAACACAGAUGGCCAUGCAGCAAGAAUAAAGCAGAACUACCAGGCCAUCGAGUGUACAUACAGCACACCCCACAAAGGACCCGAUGAGCGGAACAUCCAGAGGUGUAGCCAAGAUUACUCUGACCAAGAGUUUGAAUACCUCGACCACGGGAGGUGUGAAAGCCAACCGGUCUAUGUAACCGAGAUCCACCAGGUCCAGCACUCGAUGCACAUGGCAGAGAGAGCCGAGUGCUGCAGGGUCCCCUACACCCAGACUUACCUCAAUGUCCCAAGGCCCAAACCCCAAGACUCUUCCAGGGGUGCAAAGGUCUCCUUUAUAUUUGGAGACCCUCCCUUAGACGGUGUAAACCCCCAGAAUCUGGGUUACCAGAGACUGAUGGAUGAUAGCCCAGAGAUUCUAGACAAUCACAGCCCCAUGUACAGGCGACUGGAGGAGGACUAUAAGAUGAUGGAUGCCAUAGAGGAGGGGGACGGGUAUAACUACUCUACCAAAAUCUUUGGCACCACUGAGUGCAUCGAGGAGCCGCUGCUGCACGAUAUCUGCUACGCCGAGACGACCGAUGACGCAGAAGACGAGGAUGACAUCAGCUGUGAGGAGGACGUGGUGAUGAGUGACAUUGACAAGCCCAUGUUACUCUCACUCUCGGGGUCCAGCGAUGACAUCAUCGACUUGACCUCCCUCCCUCCCCCGCCGGAGGGUAAUGACGAGGAGGACAAUGACGUGCUGCUGCACUCUCUUAACCUGGCCAUCGCUGCUCCUCCUCCCGGCUUCAGGGACAGCUCGGAUGAGGAAGAGCAGCAGGGGGCCAGGGCCCGGGCCAAGGGGGCCUGCAAUGACAUCCCGGUGUCUCUUAUAGAUUCAGUGCCCACGCACAGAGCAGGGGGCCAUGGGGAGCCUCUGAAUGAUGCGGUGGUGUCCACCUUACAGGCCCUCGAGGCUCUCGCUGCAUCGGAGGAACAGAGUCCGGCACAGUCAGAGAGUAGCACAGGUGUAGAAAUCUCACGAGCAUUUAGUCCUGACUCCUCAGAUUCUGGCAACGAGACAAAUUCCUCUGAGAUGACAGAGAGCUCGGAGCUGGCCACUGCUCAGAGACACUCAGACAACCACCUGAGGCUGCAUGUGGCUAUGACAGAAGGAUACCAUGCCGUAAACGAUGACAAGAGAGAGGGCACUGCGGCCGGCGGAGGUGGUGUAGGAGCUAUGCAGUACAAUCCCCAGGAGCAUCAGGAGGAGGAGGCAAAGUCAUCCGCUGUUUCCUCCUCUCAGAUCUUUCACUCAGACGGCGGGGAAAUGGAGCCAGAGACAAUGGAAAUCAAAUCAGUCAGUGAAUACUUCACCAAGAUGCACAUGGACUCAGUAAUGAGCAGACAGAGAGGGAAACAGAGGGAGGCAGAGAGCAGAGUCCAAGGAGAAACCUGUGAAUCCUCUGACAGGUCUCACACGACGUCUCAGGACUCAGCUAAAGGGGAGCCCCCUCAUCUUGUGGGAAAGUAUAACGCUUUCACUGUGAGGGAUUCCUAUUACAUGAAUCAACUUGAUCUGGGGCGAACGCACUUUGACAGGCAUCAAAAAUGGCAGCAGAGAGCGCCUGGAAACAAAAUGGCAGAAAAUGUGUCCACAGAAUGUGUGCAUGACUCACAAGCUGCCAACGCACAAAGGUUGAUAGUAAAAGGAGAGAAACAAGACUCGGAUGAAAGAGGCCAACAGUUAGAUGCACACGCUCGCUCCCCGUCCAGGGGGCCUGCAGAGGGGGAUGCUCCCUCCCAAGUGAACGAGCAGCUACAAAUUAAGACUCAACCGUCGGAGCAAGACGUCACGCGACUACACGAAUACCACUUGAGCAAGCGCAUGUCAUCGAUACAGAGUGAAGGCGUUCAUUCUCUCCAAAGUUCACAAUGUUCCUCUAUAGACGCUGGUUGUAGCACAGGCAGCAGCAGCUGCGUCACUCCCAUGGAUUCUCCCCUUUGUGCAACAGACAAUAUGCACGUUCUGUCAGAGUCAUCGCUCAAGGGACUGACUUAUGGAACUGCUGAAGAGAGGGCGUACGGGCCCCCGGGUCAAGGGAAGCUGGGUCAUCCCAUAGACCCCACCCUGCUGAGGAAGAUUCAUGCAGCUACCAGUGCAGAGCCGGGGUUACGCGUGACAGGGGAAGGCAUACACAGAAUGCCAAAGAUAAAAGAAACCACAGCUUGCACACAGCUGAAGAAGGCUGAGGAAGAGUCAUCUUUAGCUCUAUAUGAGACCAGUACCACCACCACCACCAUGUCACCAUUAUCUUUAAGAAGUAGCACAGAGCCUAGCGGGCUAACACAGGCCAUCCCAGAGUCUGGCCCACACAUUGUGGCUUUCCCCUUAAGCGGAUCUUCAUGUGACCCUACAACAGGCAGCCUCAGGAAGCCAUGCAGGGCUCAGACGCUCAAGAGGAGCUUAAGCACCAUAUUGCCAGGUUCCAGGAACUUAGAAGCCCUGUUUGAGAAGACAAAAACCUCACUUAAAGGAAAGAGUGGUGGUCAGAGUUGCCAAUCUCAAGAUCCCCCAAAAGUACAGAGGAUGUUCUCGGCCAAAACCUUGCCCAAGAGCUUAUCCCAGGGUUCAGUUGCAUUGAAUUCAUCUGGCAGAAGGCUGGUAGGAGGAGCCUUCCUGACGCUCCCAAAGUCUACAGCACCAAGGCUGGAGGCAAGUACUCGGAGGUGUCGUGGACCAUUCGGUCACUGCUUCCUGCGGAGAAAGUCAAACACUGAAGGUCACAAUGAAGACAGAGAGAUGCCCUCACAUGCUCUGUUCUCUGUUAGUUCAGUUUCUUCCAGUCGCAGAGAGAAAAGAGGAUUGAAAGCUGAGCAGAGUAGUACAGCUACAGCUAUGAAUGACACAAGUCUUAAAGCAAGGCUGGCUCGUGUCAAUUCAAUGAAGGGGAAAACCUACAGCCUUCACACAGGGUUUGCACUUGCAAGAAAGGAUGCCUUAGAUAUGGUCACUGUGUUGCGUUCCAGUCUUGGCCACUUUUCCAGAGGUGAGAAGCCUGACAUCAUCGAGGCCGACAUGGAUACACACUCCCAGCUGCUUCUAAUGCAGAGCAAAGUGCUGGGCAGCGCCUGCACUCAGAUGGCUGUGGAGUACAGCAGCCCAGAGGAGUUACUUCUGACUCUGACGCACAGCUUUCACACGCUCUGCUGCUUAACUCAGGCCUGCAUGUCGCUGGUAGAAAGCCUGAGCAGCGAGAGGGAGCGGCGUGAGAUGGUAGCCAAGGUGGACGAGGUGGUCAUGAACUACGUGUGUUUGCUGAAAUCUGCUGAGAUGGCUUCAGGAGGCUCCCCCGGUGACCAAAAUGUGAAUGCAUUGACACAUCACUCUGCCACCAUGUCUACUAUUCUAAACACACUAACUCACUCGCUGCAAACACUGCUCAAAAAGUAAAUGUUUUUGUUCUGAUGAUUGAUUUUAAAGCCAUACAUAAGAGACAUGGGUUUAACAACCAAUCUGAACUGCUGUGAAAAUAAAUAGAAACUUGCCUUGUGUAUACAAUAUUUAAUUUUGUAAAGUUAAUAUAAAAUGAUAUGAAUCAUUCAAGUUUUAAAUAGAUUAUAUUAAGGCCUUCAUGGACAAGAUCAAAUCACUUCUGUCAAGCAUAUUAUCUAAUAUAUCAAAGGGAAUAUUUUAAUGAUAAAUUGGACUAAGCAUCUAGAUUAUGAAAAUCUUGAAAAAUCCUUGUUUAUAUUGUAAAAAAAAUGAUUUAUGUUGAAGGAAUGAAUACUAAAUAUAUCUAUCGAUAUAUAUAGAUAUAGAUAUAUAUAUACAGCUAUUGACAAAUCAUUGCACAGGAUAAGACAUGACCCUAUAUGAUCUUUUCAUUUGCUGGAUUCACUUUAAUUUCAUGAAUACUUUACACAUGAACACCGAGUAUUUUCCUUUUCUUUUUUUGUCAACAUCAUUAAAAAAUUUAAACUUUUCAAAAACUAUUUUCUCAAAUAUUGUUUGUCUAUCUGUGUUUUAAUAAACAUGUGUGUUGUUAGCCGUUAAUUGGGAUCCUCUCAAACCAA